CGAGCAGCCGAGAUGCUUCCCAGAUUAAGACUCUGCGUCCUCGUGCAGGGCCUGACUCUGCUCCUGCUGGGCCCUGCCUGCGAGGCCUCUUCUCUGGGGUUGACCGUCCACGCUGUGCCCCUGGACAGUGAUGGAGGGAACACGGUGAGAGCACAUUUCACCGCCAUCGCUCCCACUCCCUGUCCAGAUCUGACGGGCCUGUGCGCUGAAGGCGAGGACUGUCUGGUCCACACGACCUCUUUGCCUUUCAACGGCACCAAACCCACGCCCGGCUGGUGCGUCCGCCAGUGGCAGAGAAAUGUCCCCAGUAAUUACACUGGCUCCAUCAGCUUAGGGUCCAGCACAGAAUUGUAUGUGUCACUGAGAGCCGGGCCGAAGGUUCGGGAAAACAGCAGGAGACUCAAUCAUCCAGCUUUUGUCGCUCUUCCUCCUCCACUAAGGGCCCGUGUGGACUGCCCUCACCACUUCCAUCUGUCCGUGAAAGACCUGGACGGGGACAGGGUGCGAUGCCGCUUCGCCCAGACCGACCAGGGAGAGUGUGUCAGCUGCCCCCGGCACUCCUUCAUGGAGCUGGAUGAGGAGAAGUGCAUGUUGACGUUCACUGGAAAAGCAGCGGCGGGAACGUAUUUCAUCUACCUGAUGGCCGAGGACCUGAUUCCUGUGCCUAAAAACAUCCACAUCAAGGACAACACUCCCCUCAGCUCCGUCCCUGUGCACCUCUCUCUCACAGUGGAGGAGUCAUUAACCCGCUGCAGCGAUGAACCAGUGGCAUCAGACGACACCCCUGAAAUGGACUCCACGCUGUAUGUCCUGCCGUUCCAGGAGGUGAAGUUCAACAUCCACUACAUGUCAGUGCUGGAGAGCGUCUCAGAGAUGGCAGUGGUUGGUCCGCCUGCACUUUUCAGGGUUGGCUUCAAAUCUGUCGGCCCCUUGUCGACGAUGGCCAUGGCCUGGGUCCGCUCCGAAAACAAACUGGCGCCGCUGUUGCCCGUCUGCUUUGCUGCAAAUACCAAGAGUUUGCAGUCGGAGCCCAGAUGUGUGUGGUUGUACCAAAGGGAAAUGAAGACGCUACCUGCUGGAACAGAGCUCAAGUGUGAGAAGACAGAAAUGACUCUGGUGCUUCCCAUCGCCUCCCUGACCAACAUCAACAUGGAUGAGCUGCAGCUCAACAGCCCCUCGUGUCCGGUCUCCUACAACACCACUCACCUGACUGCACGCAUCUCCCUGAGCGGCUGCGGCACCAAGACUGUGCACGCUGGAUCAGAGCUGGUUUACACCAACACCUUGCAAAGUGUGCGUCCCUACACUAUGGUCAGCCGAAAGCCUGUACUCAUCCUCCCUCUGGCCUGCCGGAUCCCUGGAUCCCAGGUGAAGGGACCACACUACGAGAUCGUCAUGCCCUCAGACAAGGAGGUCUUUGGUGAAUACAGCUUUGAGAUCCAGAUUUACCUCCCAGGAGAGGGACCCAUGGCAAAUUUCACACGCUCUCCCAAAAUGCGCACCAUCCUCAGAUCGUCACCACGAUCGCGACGACAGGUGAGGUCACCAUCAGAGAGCAACACCACCCCCGCUGUCUCCGCUAACACGACGUCCACUGGCAGUCCGCCCAUCGGGUCCAAGAUCAACCAGAUAGACCUGCAUGUGAUGUCAAACUGCUCCAUUGAGCGAGCCGAGCUGAUCGUGAGCAAGUGUGUAGAGUCUGAGACGGAGGACUUUCAAGUUUCCACGCCCAUCCUGAACCAAGGGUGUGCGACUUCCAACAACACGUUAGAGAUUAUUACAACACAGUCCAACACGAGGAUCUACCGCCUUGAUUUGGAAAAAAUAGAGACCAAGGGAUCAUUG